UGCCCCGAAGCAGCCCCAAACUACCCCCAAACUACCCCAAGCCACCCUGAAACUGCCCCAAACUGCCUCAAAACAGCCCCAAAAUGCCCCAAACUACCCCAAAACACCCCCAGGCAGCCCCAAAACGGCCCCAAAACUGCCCCAGGAGAGCCCCAAACUGCCCCCAAAAUGCCUCAAACCACCCAAAACCAGCCCCAAACCUCCCUAA